AUGCCGCGUACAUUCGUCCCUCACUCCAUCCUUAUCCCCCUCCUCCUCCUUGUGCUCUCCUCUCUCCUCUCCGUCUCCUGCCGCCCAAGCCCUCUCGCCACCUCCAAUGCCUCCAAAUCCGGCGGCGGAAAAUCCGGCGGGAAACGCGGCGGGAGCCGCGGUGGGAAGCCAGGCGGGAAGCCCGGCGGGAAAUCCGGCGGGAGUAAGAAGGGCGUUUCCGCGCUGAGCUGCCCGUCGCCGUGGCCGGAGCUCGACAGCUGUCCCACCAGCGAGUCGCUCCCGCAACUCGAGGAUGCGCAAACUGAAUUCCCCGGAGCAGUGUGGGGCGCGCUGCGGCCGCACAAGGUGCCCGGGGUGCGCAACAGCCCUGCGGACGCCACGUGGCUGAACAAGGACGAGCGCGACACGGAGGUUUACAUCGAGGAGUGCUGCUCGCUGUGCGCGCUCAACGACGCAUGCGAGUACUGGACGUUCACGAGGAGAUUAGACUCCAUUAAGGGCACAUGUCAGCUCUUUUCCAGCCAGCAGUGCGCCGCUAGCAAGGCCUACUCCGCCAUCUCCGCCCCCGCCUCCUCCUCCGCCUCCUCCCCCCGCACCCGCCACCCCGUCUCCUCCCCCAAAGUCUCCUUCUCCUUCCGCAAGGCGCCAAAAGACGCCGCCCUUCCAACCCCAGGCGGCUCCGACGGCACGGGCGGCAAUGGCGGAGCGGGCGGCGGCACGGGAGCAGGGACGCUGUACAGCGACACGUCAGCGCCUGCCACGUCAGCAGCGGCUAACGUGGCGCGGGGGAGGCUGUACGGGGUGGAAUCGCCAGCAGCGGGAUGGAGCGUGAUUGGGGAGGCGGGGUAUCUGAGCAUUGGGGGGUGCUGUCAGGCUUGUAAGGCGGGGGCUAGCAAUGACUGCUACUACUGGACGUGGCAGCACGAUCCAAAGGAGGGGGAUUAUGACCGAGGGCUGUGCACGCUGUUCCACAGCCAGGCGUGUCGCUUCAUGACAGACGAGGGCUUUCUCUUCCCACCCGUGUUUGACCCUGCACAGACCAAUACGUUUAUGUUCCCCCUGCCCUGCUACUCAGCUCUGUAA